GUAUUUUAGUAAUUUCGGACCCUCGUGCUUGUUGAGUAGUAAAAACUCCACUCCCGACUCUCCCUCGCUCCCUCUCUCACACAUGCUUUUACAUUCCUUCGAACAAAGACAAAACAAAAACAAAAACAAAAGCGAGAAAAAAAAAAAAAAGCUCUUUGUAUGCAAACACCAUCUUUGAAUUUCAGAAUCCAAAAACAAUAUUCUCUUUUUUCUGGCCACAGAUCUUCCGUUGGAUAUGACCUCAAUCUCUGCAAACCAAAUCCAACCGUUGGAUUCCCACAACUACCUUUCUAUCAUCAUCCUCCUUUCAUGUCCUCCUUGCUCUUGAAACCCAGCUCCUGCAUUCUCUUUUUCUUUUCUGGGCUCUUCCAUGGCUGCUCAGACCUUCCAGAACAACCAUGAAAUCGGCAGUCAAGAAAUCCAGGCAGCCAUUGCAAAGGCUGUCGAGCUUCGGGCUCUUCAUGCUGCUCUGCUACAGGGAGGCAGCCCUGCAAAUCUCAAGCUCCCCAUCUGUGCUUCGCCAUCCAUUCCACGCUCUUCUAACCACUUCUCUGCUCAAGACUACCCUGUUUUUACGCCGAGUUAUGAGGAGGAACCCUUAUCCGGGUAUUAUCAAAUUCGAUCUGAGAAUCGACGAUUACCGGGGAUUUGGGACGGGAUUGGAAUAGAAAGAAGGGAUGAAAAUGAUGAAUUGGAUUUUUCUGAUGAUAAAAAGGUGAGUAUGUCUUCAAGGAAGGGAUUCUCUUCUGGUUUGAUUGGUGGAGAUCAUCACGUCUGUGCGGCGGCAGAAGAUCAAAUAUCUAAUGCAGGUUCAUGCGCAAAUCACAUUAACGCUCUGCAAACAGCACCCGGAGCAGAGAUUUUCAAGUCAGGUAGGACAACUGGUUCGUUCGAAUUCGAUACCGUUACAACUUGCAAUACCUGCAAGCCUGCUGUUAUCAGCCGGGAAACUGAUGCUGACAACAAGAACAGCAAGAAUUCGAACACGGUGGUGCCCGUAACCGAUUCCCAUUUGUCGUUUCAGUCGCACCCGAAAAACAAAGUGCAGAUCUUGUCAUGGUUGUUUCCGAAACUGAAGAAGAAGCCCAAGGCCGAAAUGUCACCUAGCAGAGUCGAAUCUGAAAGCGCUUCCCAAUUCCUAAAAGACUUGGGGAUCAUGUCCCUCGAAUCAUUGAAGAAAGAGCUGCUCGAAGCCAAUGAGAAUCGAGACGCGGCAAUUAUGGAGGUUGCAGAAAUGAAAUCCUCCUUAGGAGAGCUGAAACAGAAGCUAGUUCAUUUGGAGAUGUACUGUGAUGAGCUGAAGAAUGCAUUGAAACAGGCAGUGCAGGGAAAUGAAACCCAAGUUGUCGAUUGGCCUAAUCUUACAAAGAGAGGCAGGUCGAUCGAUGGUGGCAGCAAUCACAGCAGCUUGAUGCCAGUCACCCAUGAAGCAAUGGUAGAGGGUUUCUUGCAGAUAGUAUCGGAAGCGAGGCUAUCUGUUCAGCAGUUCUGUACGUCUCUCAUUGGUGAGAUUGAAGACACUGACAAUCAUUUGAUGGAGAAGUUGAAUUCGCUUCUUCAACCGCACGAUCUAACUCAUCAUUCAAAAUACUCCAAAGGGGUGUUGUAUCACAUGGAAGCACUUAUAAACCAGUCCCUCCAUCAAGACUUUGAGAAUUGUGUGUUUGAGAAGAACGGCCCGCCGAGGAUUCUAGACCCACAGCAGGACCGCCGGGUGAAAUUCUCAGCGUUCGUCGCACUGAGAAACCUUAGCUGGAACCAGGUUUUGAGGAAGGGAACAAAAUAUUACAGUGAGGAAUUCAGUAGGUUCUGUGAUCAGAAGAUGAGCUGUAUCAUUUCUACACUGAAUUGGUCGAGGCCAUGGCCCGAGCAGCUUCUACAAUCGUUCUUCGUUGCGGCUAAGUGUGUGUGGCUGGUCCAUCUGUUAGCUUUCUCUUUCAGCCCACCAUUGGUGAUCUUGAGAGUUGAUGAGAAUAGAAGCUUUGAUCCUCUCUAUAUGGAGGAUAUUCUCUUGGAAAUACAGAGACCGCAGACCGCUGCGAGGGUUAAGAUCAUGGUGAUGCCGGGAUUCUACGUCGAGGAUAAGGUGCUGAGAUGCAAGGUUCUCUGCAGGUACAAAAGAGUAGCUUAACAACUUUAAUGUUGAGACAUUAGAUGAUGAUGCCUGAUUAAGAGAGAGUGGCAUUUUUGUUUGAACCAGCAGUAGUUCAUGUGGGACCCUCCUUUCAGUUAACCCAAUCCAUUGAUCUUGGGGCACCAUCAUGAGAUUUUCCACUUGUUAUCAAAUGAUCCUAGCCAUCUGAUGAAAAUUGGAGCCGAAUUGGAUGUUUAGGCUCAUCUGAAGGCAAGAUGAUCCUGCCAUAUGAAUGAUUGGGAUCACAAGAAAAUGGACCCACGUGUGCAUUUUGUUGGGCUGAACAAAAUCUUGAUCUAGCAAUGUAUGUAUCCUCUUCCACGCAGUUGUCUUUUGUUUCUUCAACCAACAACCGAGCAGUAAUCUUCUUAUCGCAUAGCCUGUAUUAGAGUUGAUAGCUUCCAUGUUUGAUCAAUAUCGAAAGGGCUCGUUCCUUAUCUCCAACUGAAUCGAAUCAGAUGGAGAUGGGAUAACUUCACUUCUUGAAUGUAACUAAUCUUGAAAUGCCAGGAUCUAGAGCAUGAUGUGUUGGGAUAUUAGAAAAAAUCUCUUAUCCUCGGAAGAAGAUGUUAACUUCAAAUGCUCGUGGUUUUAGUGUCUUAGUCCAGUUAAUCAAAUGCUUAUAAUCUAA